CACUCGAGUGCCAUGCUUUUACAUUUAGGUGAUUUUAUUGCGUUUUAGAUGAAAUUUAAUCCAAAUUUAUUAAAUGUGAUCUAAUUUGACCUCUUGGUAGUGAUAAAAGACUUCGUAAUAUGUUAACUAUGGCCGAGGUUACUGCUAAUGGUGAUAAGGAGGAGGUGGAUGAAAAAGAAAUAAUUACAGAUAAGGAUUUACCUUUGAGUUUUACUCAAGAUAGACAUUUGGAACCUAUACAGGGUAUAGAUUGUAUUACACAGACAUGGAGAAUGAAAGAGAGGAUGAAAACAGUCAGUGUGGCUCUUGUUCUCUGUUUAAAUGUUGGAGUUGAUCCUCCCGAUGUUGUUAAAACACAACCUUGUGCAAGAUUAGAAUGUUGGAUAGAUCCAAUGCAGAUGUCUUCUACGAAAGCUUUAGAGAAGAUAGGUCAGACUCUACAAACACAGUACGAAAGGUGGCAGCCUAGAGCCAGGUAUAAGCAAUCGUUGGACCCAACUUCUGAUGAAGUGAAGAAGCUUUGCACUUCGCUACGAAGAAAUGCCAAAGAGGAAAGGGUGUUGUUCCAUUAUAAUGGGCAUGGAGUCCCUAAACCUACUACUAACGGUGAGAUAUGGGUGUUUAACCGGACGUACACUCAGUACAUUCCACUGUCGAUAUUCGAUUUACAAACCUGGAUGGGGGCCCCUUCUAUCUACGUAUACGAUUGCUCUAAUGCAGGAAUUAUAGUAGACUCCUUUAAACAGUUUGCUAUUCAGCACGAAGUUGAAUUCGAGCAAAGUAUGUCGCAGCAGAAGAUGGGUUCCGCCCACCCGCCACCGUCGUACAGGAACUGCAUCCAGCUGGCGGCUUGCAGCGCGAAUCAAGUGUUGCCCAUGACUCCGGAUCUGCCCGCAGACCUCUUCACCGCAUGCCUCACAACACCAAUCAAAGUUGCCUUAAGAUGGUUCGUCUUGCAGCCUACCUCGAAACUAAUGCCAAAAAUCACCCUGGACCUCGUAGAUAAUAUUCCCGGACAAAUAACUGACAGGAGGACCAUGCUAGGUGAAUUGAAUUGGAUUUUUACCGCCAUAACGGACACGAUAGCCUGGAACACUUUGCCGAGAGAGCUAUUCCAAAAGCUGUUCCGCCAGGACCUCCUCGUAGCCAGCCUGUUCCGCAACUUCCUCCUGGCGGAAAGAAUCAUGCGAUCCUGCGAUUGCACGCCCGUGAGCCAUCCCGCUCUGCCCCCGACCUACCAACACCCCAUGUGGGACGCCUGGGACCUUGCCUUAGAUCUAAGCUUAGGACAAUUGCCGAAGAUGCUGAAGAACGAGGAACAGUUCCAGCACUUGCCUUUCUUCGAGGAGCAGCUCACGGCUUUCCAAGUGUGGCUCGAACUGGCCACUCUUUCAGGUUCCGAGGAGCGCAAUCCCCCCGAGCAGCUGCCGAUAGUGCUGCAGGUGUUACUGAGCCAGAUCCACAGAAUGAGGGCGUUGGAAUUGCUCGGGCGGUUCCUCGAUUUGGGACCGUGGGCAGUAAACCUGGCGCUGUCCGUCGGGAUCUUCCCGUACGUUCUCAAGCUGCUCCAGAGCUGCGCAAGGGAACUCAGGCCACUGCUGGUGUUCAUUUGGGCAAAGAUUUUCGCUGUUGACAAUACAUAUUGGUUUCAGACCUGCCAAACAGAUCUGGUUAGGGACAGUGGGCACAAGUACUUUUUAUCGGUGGUUCAGGACACUUCAGUGUCGCCCGAACACCGGACGCAGGCGACGUUUAUCCUGGCCUGCAUCGUAACGAACUUCCACGACGGUCAGGAGGCUGCCUUGCAGAGUUCCCUGCUUAGCGUUUGCCUGGAGCAGCUCAGCGAUCCGUAUCCACAUCUGCGGCAGUGGGUGGCCAUCUGUUUGGGGCGGUUGUGGGAUCACUACGAGAAAGCCAGGUGGACGGGCGUGCGGGAUAUCGCUCACGAGAAGCUGUACACGCUGCUGAGAGAUCCGUGCCCAGAAGUUAGGUCGGCCGCCAUAUACGCCCUGGGCACCUUCAUAAAUUCCGUGACGGAGAGGUCGGAGCACGCGAACAACAUCGACCACUCGAUCGUGAUGACGCUCGUGAAUACCGUCAGCGGCGACAUGAGCUCCCUGGUAAGGAAAGAACUCAUAAACGCCUUGCAGUGGGUCGUGUUGUCCUUCGAGCACGUCUUCGUCAAUCUGGCCGUGAAGGAGCACAACAGCAUAUCGCCCGUUCAGGACACCAUCCCCCCGCUCGGGAUGCGCAGGGCAGGAAGCAAAGACAGGGACCUCCCUAGACUAAACGAUUACGAUUCGAUAAAGAAACCUACCAACGACACCGAGAAGCACCUAGGAAGAGUCCCGUCCAGUCCGUACUUAAACCACAUGGGCAACUCGACCAUGUCGCAGAGCCUGGGCACGCUGCCGGGUUUGGGGUACGGCUCCGUAUACAUGAAGUUGUGGAACUCGCUCUGCUCCUUAGAGACGGAUCCCCAUCCGGAGGUGGCCCAGAUGUGCUGUACGGUUACCGGAUACAUCAGGGCGAUAGCUAAGGAACAGCGUGACUUCGUAGACAAUCGCAGCGUAAGCUUACCUCCAAGUCCCAAACAGAACGCUUGCUUCCCUGGAGAAAGCCCGCCGACAUUACACCCCCCAGGAGAUCUGCAAAAAUUGACCAGGCCUACUAGCAGAUCGAGAAGAAUGCACAGAAACACACUGAACGAGAACAACGACGACAAACUUCAGUUUUGUCGCAAGCCCCUGGUCCACACGAAGUUCGUGGAGUGGUCCUCGAAGAGAUUCGCCCAAUCGAACAAGAAAGACAAGGUGACCAAAGAUCCCGAGUCCUCUCACUUUUACGAACGGGACUGGAGACACACCAGGAACAACGAUAUAAGAAUAGAAGCGACCGAGGAGCAACGUAGGGCGUUAUCGUGCAGGGUGGAAUCCCAGGUUUUCCACACCAGGACGGCGGUGGCUCCGUCUCUGCUCCAACUGCACCCGUUCGAUAAACAAAUCGCCGUAGCCGGAAACGACAGCUUUGCCAUCUGGGACUGGAGCACGGGAGCCAAGACGACGAUUUGCCAGAACAAAUCAUCGAAAUCGGUCAGUUGUAAGGUGACGGCCAUUGAGUGGAUCAACGGGCACGACAUAGCGAUGUUAAUGGUAGCUUCGGAUGACGGUAGCGUUAAGUUGUGGCGGCCUAAUGUCGGAAUGAGCAGGGAGCCCUCGCUGAUAAGCGCCUGGCAGGCUUUCAGCGAACUCAAACCGACCGAGAAGAAAAGUGCAGGCAUCGUAAUGACCUGGGAGCAGUGGACGCAGACCCUUAUAACCAGUGGCGACACGAGGGUCCUUAGAUUUUGGGAUGCGGACAAAGAACUAAAGGCGUUCGACAUACCUACAGGCACCGAUAGUUCGGUAACCUGCAUCGACGCCACCUUCUCCAGCAUCUGCCACGAGAACCACAAGAAGUACCACAAAAGGUACGGACUCGACGACGAGGGCCUCAUAAUAGACAAUGACGAGGGCCUGGCGGCCUACCACGGCCCUCGGCUGGGGAUGUGUGCCGUGGGGUGCGGCGACGGUUCCGUCAGGUUGUUCGACCGCAGGUGUAACCCCUCGGAGGCGAAAGUGAGGGUGUGGAUGGAACAUCCCUCCUCCGUCUUAGGGAUCCAGCUGAGGGAUAACCUGAUAGUCAGCGGAAGUUCCGCUGGAGACGUAAAAAUUUACGAUAUUAGAAAGAAUGAUUCCAUACAUACCACACAGGCUGUUCAGAAUUCCGGAAUGUCCUGCAUUUCCAUACAUCGUAGCGCAAAUACCUUUGCUUGUGGUUCCCUGAACCAGUCCAUAAGCAUCUACACACUGAAGGGCACCCUGAUCAACACGAUCCGCUUCUACGAGGGCUUCAUGGGCCACAAGAUAGGUCCGGUGACCUGCCUGAACUACCACCCGCACAAGGUCGCCCUGGCCACCGGCACCAUGGACUGUUGCGUCAACGUGUACAGCCUGGAGGGGCGCAGGUGACGAGAUUCCCAGCCCUAGGCUCUAUUAUGGGGCCUGCUGGGCUAUUAUUAGUACACUGGAUGCGAGACGGUCGGCGACGGAUUGAUGCAAUCACGAGACGAGAGGGGUUUUUUUCGACGACGUCUGGACCGGAUCGUUUUUGUUUUGAAGUCUGAGCGAUUGUGUUCUCGACGGCUUCGGGGAAGGUACAUAAAAUCAAAU